AUGUUGAUGCAAAGAAUAACUCCUACAUUUGUCGCUUGUAUUUGUAUGGUGUCUCACGUGACUGUUGCUGCUACCAUAAAUGGAAAAGGAGGUCAACAGUUGGAUGAAUAUUUUGAUUUUACCAAUAGCAUCAAGUAUGAUGCAGUUGAUGUUACUACAUUAGAUGCCGAUUUAUUCAAUUGUUUAGGACAAGAUGUAUCAUAUUAUAUUGAAGAAUUUCCAAAAAAUUCUAAUAAUGUUGAUGGCGAUCUAGAUGUACCAUCUCAAACAACCAAUUCCUUUUCAAGUCCAUCGAUCGAAUCAUCGCUUCAAGUUUCAUUUCCACUGGUGGGUAUUGAGGAUGGAAGUUCUACGGACUUCUAUGGGUUCACCUUUGGGAUUCCUGAUUGGACUCACUCCACAGUCUCGGCCCCAGAGGGUGAUCUUCCAAGUCAUACUGAGGUGACAACCACUGAAACGAAGAAAAUUGAAUUGACGAAAACAAGCAAUUCAGAAUCUCAUACUGGUAAACCCCUGUCUGGUUUCUUGAACCCGCUUGCUGGCAUUGACUGGAUUUACAAAAGAACUACCGAUGUGAAAGGCUCUCCAAAAAUGGAUUUCAAAGUCUCCAAAGUUGAAUUUGUCAAAGAUUCGCUGUGGAAGAUUACUUUCCACAUGAAAUCGAUCCUUGAUCCUACAGAAUUAUUGGAAAUGCUUGGACAUGGGUCAAUUACUGUUGACUUGGGGUUUUUAAAUAAUGUUGUUGCAUACACCUUGAGACUAUUUGGUAUUGGUGCUAAAUUCAACUACAGCAACCCAUUCGAUAUAAAUGCGACUGUCUUCAUUACUCCUUCGGUGCACGGGGGUCUUUACUGUCUACCUGAUGAUUUUGGGUUUACUUAUCAAACCACAUCGCUGUUGUCAUCGUGGUCAAAGAUGUUCCACUCAACUUUUAGGUACGUUGUGAAUACCGAUUUUGCUAAUGCCAAUGCAAGAGACGACAAAGAUAUGGAUCACCAUUUUGUACUCGACAAUAGUAAGACGUUGGAUUUAACUAUUCCCAACUUUUGCUGGAAAAUUCCAGUUUGCUUAAAGUCUGAAGUUGCUGCAUCAUCUUCGUCUUCGCUGAUUGAAAUUCCCGCCAACACUGGAUUAUUUACUGAGCACAUUGAGAUGUCAACACUUGCAACUGUUGAUAGCUCAUCUACGAUGUCAAUUUCUGAAACUAGCGUCGAAACUUCCAUUGCGUUCUCAACCGAUAUAACCACAGAAUCAGAAUCAUACUACGAACAAACUUCAGAGUGGUCGAAGUACAACAUCACAGAAACAUCGACUGAACAAACUACUACAGGUACGCCUAAAUCCUCAUUAAACUCCGCAAUAGUCUCUGGUGAUAAAUACAAUAGUGAACACAGCACAGAAUCAACCGUUUCGUCCCCAAUAUCGAGCACUCAGUCUACGCAUUUCUCCACUAUUAAUUCAACUUCCUUAUCAACAUCUGAAAUUGUUUAUCUGUUGUAUGCCACUAAUUUAGCUGAAGCAUCAGAGGGAACAGCAAUCGAGCCACUGGUUCAGUCAAGAUACGAGUCAUCGCUUGAGUCCACAAACACAACUUAUCAUCAAUUGGUUUAUGAAUCAUCUGCACAAUCCUCCUUAGAGACUAAAUCUCAAGAUAGUGAACUUGAGUCAAGCUCAAUGUGGAAUACCACUGUAGCUACCGUUGCAACGACCAUCUCCAUAGAGAAUGUUACUUCAGUAGUAAGCAAUACCAAAAAUGGAACCAAUGUGAGAACUUCAUACUUGCCCACUGGAUUAACAGAAACUGCAUUGGAGACUACUGUUUCAUCAGAGGAAACUACUACUUCAUCAGAAGAGGCUACUACUUCAUCAGAAGAGGCUACUACUUCAUCAGAAGAGGCUACUACUUCAUCAGAAGAGGCUACUACUUCAUCAGAAGAGAUUGUUUCUGUAUCAGUUUUGAAUUUUUUGACAGCUUCAGUGGAAACUGCUUUGGGUUCUUCGUACAUUUCUUUCAAUUCAAAUUCAAGUGCCAGUUCAGUUAGAGUUGUUUCGUCGGUUCAGCCAUUUGAAUCCAUCACAAAUUCACAAGCAAGUACAUCUUCAACUGAAGUUGAAUCAUUCUCACUUGAAGCAGUUGUGAGUACCUCAGACUCAGAUUCAUGCACCGGCACCACAGAAGUUGCAUCAUAUUCGUCAACCAAUUCAUUCGAAACCCCAUCGGACUUAGACUCAGAAGUGUAUUCAACUGAAUCUGCAUUGCCAACCUCGUCAACGUUGGCUAACGUUUCAUCAUCCAUUUCAGAAUAUUCAAUGUCUCUUGAAGCCACUGCAGUUUACAUUGUUACGGAGAUAACUGAUGCUUUGUCAAUGAAGUAUUCCUAUUCGAAAAAUGUAUCGGUGGUUGAUUCAUAUUCCUACUCUGAGUCCACAACAAGGAAACAUAAUGAAAGUGACUCGUAUACUUCAUAUAAAACAGAGGAACUAUCAUUCAUUGCAACUAGCGCCUUGGAGAGCUUGCCUGCUAUUGCAAAUUACACGACUGUGACUGGUAUUUUGAACUUGCCCACUCAAUCAGCAAGUUUUCCUACUAUAGAAGGGUCAAUUACGGUGAUGGGAACUAUGGUGACUGCAUUAAUUUCAGAAGAAGCAUUUUCAAUCAGUGAUCCAGUUCUUGAAAGCAAGCCAAUUAGUGAAGGAUCGGCUUCAUUUGCCAACUCAACCAAUGUGACUAAUCUUAGUGCUGGUGGGGAUCCAUCUGUCGGAGGAGUCAUUAGUACCACCAUCACAAGUCAGUUAGUAUCAGAAACUACAACAACUGAAAAGACACAUACAGUGGUCCCUUUCUGGAAUUCUUCACAAAUUAGUCAUCAUUCUGCAUCCAUUGACCAAACUUUACCUGAAUCUAGUGAAUGUACCAGUACAAUAAUUGAAGACCAACGUGAAAGCGCUACGGCAUUUAAAACUACUAGGUUGGAAGUUACAAAAACGACUGAAUUGUUGACAACUAUCACCUCAAAGAGCAAACAAACCACCGAGACUAGUUUAAGUGAUGAACCUGGCUAUAGUGAAAGCAAUGCGACUAUGAAAACAAUUGUCACAUUGAGUUCAUUGGAGAAAAGUGACUAUACAUCCUCUACUUCGGCUGCUGGUUACAAUGGGACAAUGUCUUCUCUUGAUGAAAGUGACACCUAUUCAAGGGUAAGCCAGUCAACAAACCAAGCUGAAUCAAGCGAAGUAGCAAACCAUGCUGAGUCAAGUCACAUUACAGAUCUUGCUGAGUCGAGUCAAUCAACAACCGUUUUACAAACAAUGACUACUUUGGAAACUGAAUCAAUCUCAACCACUGUAUUUCCUACUGUUACAACUGUACCAUUUUCUGUCCAAUACGUUGGUGGAUGCAGCCACUUAGUUCCUAGUUUUUUUGCGUUGCUCCUUGUCAUCAUCUAG